CUAACGUACGCAUAGAGAAAGAGAAAAAUGGAAGCAAAGGGUGUCUCAAUCUUCUCCAUUUUUUCGUUUUCCAUUCUUCUUGUUCUAAUGCCAAACAUGGAACUAGUAUCCGCCACCGUAACCACCACAAAAUCCUCUUCCACCACCACUUCCUACAAAUACUACGUAAAAACCGCCUGCAAUUCCACCAUGUACCCCAAAGAAUGCUACAAAUCUCUCUCCUCCUAUGCCUCCACCAUCCAAGCCAACCCCGAUAAGCUCUGCACCGCUGCCAUAACAGUCACCCUAAAGGCAGCAAGAAAUGCCUCUGCCGUGAUUGCCUAUUUGUCAAAACUACAGGGGUUGAGCCCCAGCGACGCCGCCAUUAUAAAGGAAUGCGCUGAAAAUGUCAACGAUUCCUUGGACGAGCUCAAGGAUUCCCUGAAGGCAAUGGAGAAUUCGCGUGGUUCGGACCGGAAGUUUCAACUGGCAAACGUAAAGACUUGGGCCAGUGCGGCACUGACGGACGAUAGCACCUGCACCGACGACGUUGAUGACAAGAAAGUAAGCAACAUGGUGAAGAAUACAAUGAAUAAGAGCAUUAAGUAUCUAGCUAGAUUGACGAGUAAUCUUUUGGCUCUCAUGAACAGUCUAGAUUCCUAAAUUAAUUUCGUUGUUUGUCCUAUAAAUUUCUUGUUUAAUUAAUUAAAAUGCAUUCACACAAGGGUUUUGUAUGAAAUAAUGUUGGAUUUUUUUUCUUUCUUUAAUGAACGGAAUAUUGCUGG